CAGCGAGGAGGCAUGCAGAGGGGCAGCCUGUGGUGAUCCUUCUAGGCUGGGCAGGCUGCCAGGACAAAUACCUGGCCAAGUACAGCGCAAUCUACAGCCAGAGGGGGUGCACCGUUAUACGCUACACAGCGCCAUGGAGGAUGAUAUUCUUCUCUGAGACCUUUGGCAUCAGAUCCCUCCAGACCCCAGCCAGGCAACUGCUGGAGCUGCUCUUUGACUACAGCAUUGAGAACAGACCGGUUCUUUUCCAUGUGUUUAGCAAUGGUGGUGUCAUGCUGUACCGUUACAUCCUUGAGGCGCUCCACACCCGCACGCCGUUUCAGAACCUCAGGGUAGCAGGCACCAUUUUCGAUAGCGCCCCUGGCAGAAGAAACUUGAUAGGAGCCCUUCGUGCCCUGGCAACUGUCCUGGCCUCCAUGAAUGUGCUGCUCAAGUAUUUCCUCUUAUUCGCUUUUGCCAGCACAGCUGUGGUGCUGCGGAUCCUGCUGUACCCGCUGACCCGCUUCAUCCACGAGAGCCAUUACGAUGCCCUGCUGAGAGCACCCUCACGGUGGCCUGAGCUUUACCUCUAUUCCCAAGCCGAUGCCAUCAUCAAGGCCAGCGAGGUGAAGCACAUGGCUGAUGCCAGGCAGCAGCUCGGUGUCCCCGUGAGAGCUGUGGACUUCUCGGAUUCGGCUCACGUCAGCCACAUGCGAGUGUAUCCCACCCGUUACAGCAGCCUCUGCACAACGUUCCUGUCUGACUGUGUUGGGGGCUCACCCCCUUAGUGGUGU